AGUGUCGUGACUCUCGGCCGUGCGGCUGGCUUAUCUUGAAUUUCGUGUUCUCGGCGCUUCCUUGAACUUUGACCCUUCAAUAACCUUCAUUGAUGUACAUGUGUGAAAACAGACGGGCGCACACUGUCUGAGGGGACCUGUGUGAUAUCAUAAAAUGGCUAAAUAUCUCGCUCAGAUCAUCGUGAUGGGAGCACAGGUGGUGGGACGUGCCUUUGCUCGUGCCUUACAGCAGGAAUAUGCAGCCAGUCAAGCAGCAGCGAAGGCCAGGGGCAGCUCUGCUCAGCACUCUGCUGCAGCCUCGAGCAUCACCGGGAUGACCGCUCAAGAGGCGCAGCAAAUCCUCAACAUCUCCACGCUCACUCCUGAGGAGAUUCAGAAGAACUACGAGCACCUUUUUAAAGUCAAUGACAAGUCAGUGGGCGGUUCAUUUUACAUACAAUCAAAAGUGGUUCGGGCUAAAGAGCGUCUAGAGGAGGAACUAAAUAUUCAGACACAACAAAAAAAGCAGCAGAAAACAGAAACAUGAAGUAUGAAACGAUGGCCGCCCUGUCUUUCCUCACCCCAUCCUCUGUAAAUUAUAACCUAAAUAAAGCCUUCUUUUUCUUUA